GCGGAUUCAGUAUAGUGCGAGCAGGAGGCUGCGGGCUCGGUCCGGCACAAAACCUCCCCUCUGUACCUGAAACCAACCGCCUCCUCUCCCCCCCCACCCCUCCUCUUACUGACCAGCCUGCGGGAGCACCCCCACCGCACACCGGGAGACAUAAAUGGUGGAGGCCGUGGUGGAGUUCGACUACGAGGCUCAGCAGGACGAUGAGUUGAGCCUGACGGUGGGUGACAUCAUCGUGAGCAUACGGCGGGACGAUGGAGGAUGGUGGGAGGGAGAGCUGGGCGGACGCAGGGGGCUGUUCCCGGACAACUUUGUCAGGGAGAUAAAGAAAGACGCGAAGAGGGAUGCAGGACAGGCCAGCAUGAUCAGGUCUGACCUAUCAAACGGCAGGGCCAGCCCCGUGUCCGACCCCAGCGCACGGCCCGGAAGGAAAGGGGAGCAAAUCCGUAAGCGAAGGUGUAAAGCUGCUUUCAGCUACGUGCCUCAGCAUGAAGAUGAGCUGGAGUUGAAAAUAGGAGACGUCAUCGACAUCAUAGCAGAGGUUGAGGAGGGCUGGUGGGAGGGGCAUCUCAACGGGAAGUCUGGAAUGUUUCCCUCCAAUUUCACCAAGGAGAUCGUGACCGAGUCCGACGCGCCCGCCACAGACACGCCCACCUCGCAGGAGGAGCUCCGCAGCGGCCGCACGAGUAAGGACAGCCCAGGCAGUGAGAGCGAUGGAGGAGACAGUCGGUCCGAAACGGGGUCGGGAGAAAUCCAGCCCAAGAAGGUCCGGGGGUUUGGCUUUGGCGACAUCUUCAAGGACCAGCCCAUCAAGCUCAGACCUCGCUCUAUAGACGUCGUCUCGGAGGCGGACAAGGUCAGCGAGGGGAAAGCAGCGAGUGUCGCCGCUGAAGCCAUGAAGACAGAACCUGACGGCAAAGCCAAAGGGCGGGAGCAGUGUAAGGUUCUCUUCCCGUACGAAGGACAGAAUGAGGACGAGCUGUCGCUCAAAGAGGGGGAGGUCAUCAACAUCAUCACCAAGGAGUGCGCGGACGCAGGCUGGUGGAUGGGGGAGAUCGGAGGGCGGCAGGGCGUCUUCCCGGACAACUUUGUGAAGCUGCUAGAUGUGGAGAAGGAGAGACCAAAGAAACCGCCUCCUCCCAGCGCACCUUCAUCCAAACACACCACAGAGAAAAGGUCUGAGGUGAAGAAGGUUCCUCCCGAGCGGCCUGAGCAUCUGCCCCAGAGAGACCAGGAGCGAGGUGAAGAGGUGAAGGUUGGAGACAUCCCCAAGCCCUCCCUCCCGUCUCACCUUCCCAAGAAACCCCUCCCCCCAAAGACAAGCUCCGCCUCUUCCUCCCUGCCCCCGCGGCGUCCCGAGAGACCCCCCCCUCUAGCGAGUGAAAGCCCCAAGUCUGAGGGCGGGGCUUCGCCGCCAGAUUCCGCCCCUGACAGGUCACAGGACGCCGACAUGGACCUGGACGCGGUGGUUUUGUCGACGGAGAAACUGAGUCAUCCGACGGUGUCGCGGCCGCGAAUCACGGACCGGCGGCCCCGUUCGCAGAUCAUCACACCCUCUUCCCUGUCGAGUAUCGACCUGGACUCGCCCGCGGCGGAGGACAGGAAGGAGAAGGAGCGAGCGAAGGAGGAGCCGGACGCCGUUCCUGCCCGAUCCGUGGACGUUUCCCUGAGGAAAGGACUUCCCACCGCCUCGGCACCGGACAGUAAAGCACCACUGCCCGCCAAGCCCUCGACCCUGACCCCGCCGAACUCCGCCCAUCGCCCCGCCUCGCCGUCUUCCUCCUCGGGUCUGAGCCCCUCCCCCGAGCGCCGCCACUCGCCGCUGACCUCCCCGACGGUGGAGGAGCUCAGGAGCCAGCUGAGGGACCUGAGGACCUCCGUGGAGCUGCUGAAGGUCCAGCACAGGCAGGAGAUGAAGCAUCUGACCAACGCGCUGGACGAGGAGAAGAAGAUCCGUGUUAGUUUACAGAUGGAAGUAGAGCACAUCAAAAAGAACCUGUUGAAGUAGGGACGACAUCUUCCUCACCGGCUGCACACUGGCCAGUCCCCCCACCCCCCACCCCGUCGGAGGCCGUCAUUUGAAAAUAGAUUUUCACUUUUGGCCCCGAGACACGUCGGCCGAGACGAGAAGUUUGUGCCAAACGAUCGUCACGAUCACCAUCAGCACCAUGGAAUCAGCCACCUCCCCCCUCCUCCCCCUCCUCCCCCUCCUCCUCCUCCUCCUCCCCC